CUGGUUAAGACCGGUUUACCCAUAGUGCACCGCGCCGCUUCCCUUUCUUCUCGGUUGUGUGGUGGUCCAAAAUGUCGCUAUUAGAUGGUCCGUUAAACGUGCUCGGCCAGAGAACAUCUGGCGAGUCUGUCCGCACGCAAAAUGUUAUGGCCGCAGCAUCCAUUGCCAACAUCGUCAAAAGCUCCCUCGGACCAGUUGGCCUCGACAAGAUGUUGGUGGAUGACAUCGGGGACGUGACCAUCACCAACGACGGAGCAACCAUCCUGAAGUUGCUGGAAGUGGAGCAUCCAGCUGCUAAGGUCCUGUGUGAACUGGCUGACCUGCAGGACAAGGAGGUUGGAGAUGGGACCACCUCUGUGGUAAUUCUUGCUGCAGAGUUGCUAAAGAGUGCAGAUGAGUUGGUGAAACAGAAGAUUCACCCCACAUCAGUUAUCAGUGGAUAUCGUCUGGCUUGCAAGGAGGCAGUGCGCUACAUUAAUGAGAAUCUUACAAUUGGGACAGAUGAUCUGGGAAGGGAAUGCCUAAUUAACGCAGCAAAGACCUCCAUGUCCUCCAAAAUUAUUGGAGUUGAUGCAGACUUCUUUGCCAACAUGGUUGUGGAUGCUGCUAUGGCUGUUAAGUUUGUUGACAGCAAGGGUGUGGCCAAAUAUCCAAUCAACUCUGUCAAUGUUCUGAAAGCCCAUGGCCGUAGCCAGAAGGAGAGCUUCCUGGUUAACGGAUAUGCACUGAACUGCACAGUUGGCUCACAAGGCAUGGUAAAGCGCAUUGUCAAUGCCAAGAUUGCUUGCCUGGACUUCAGCCUGCAAAAGACCAAAAUGAAGAUGGGAGUCCAAGUCAUCAUCAACGACCCAGAAAAACUCGACCAGAUCAGACAAAGAGAAUCUGACAUCACCAAGGAGAGAAUUCAGAAGAUCCUGGCAUCUGGUGCCAACGUUGUGUUGACCACUGGUGGCAUCGAUGACAUGUGCCUGAAGUACUUUGUUGAUGCAGGAGCCAUGGCAGUGAGAAGGGUCCUUAAGAGGGACCUUAAACGUAUCGCUAAGGCAACAGGAGCCAUCGUCUGUCCUUCUCUGACCAAUCUGGAGGGAGAGGAGAGCUUUGAGCCCACUAUGCUGGGCCAGGCUGAGGAGGUGGUGCAGGAACGCAUCUGUGAUGAUGAGCUCAUCCUGGUCAAGAAUACCAAAGCACGCACAUCAGCCUCUAUCAUUUUGCGUGGGGCCAAUGACUUCAUGUGUGACGAGAUGGAGCGUUCACUGCAUGAUGCUCUGUGUGUGGUUAAGAGGGUUCUGGAGUCAAAGUCUGUUGUACCAGGAGGAGGUGCUGUGGAGGCAGCUCUGUCAAUCUACCUGGAGAACUAUGCUACCAGCAUGGGUUCCAGGGAGCAGCUGGCUAUUGCUGAAUUUGCUCGUUCACUUCUCGUCAUCCCCAAGACCCUGGCUGUGAAUGCAGCACAGGACUCCACCGAUUUGGUAGCAAAGCUUCGAGCCUUCCACAACGAGGCUCAGGUUAAUCCCGAACGCAAGAAUCUCAAGUGGAUUGGUUUGGAUCUGGUCAACGGCAAGCCCAGAGACAACCGUCAGGCUGGUGUCUACGAGCCCACCAUGGUUAAGACAAAGAGCCUCAAAUUCGCCACUGAGGCUGCCAUCACCAUUCUUCGCAUUGACGACCUCAUCAAACUGUUCCCAGAACCGAAAGAAGGCGGGCAGUCAUACAGGGAUGCUGUCCAAUCAGGAUCUCUGGAGGGUUAAAGGCUGUCCUAGGUCCUGUUAAGUUCAAUGUCUGUAUUUAUACAUCCGGAGCUCUCCAUGGCUGUCGCUCUAGUGUAGGCUGUGCACUUUGCCUGUUUACUGUUCUCCCACUCCUUCCAGUGGAACCGUAAGUCAUUUGUUUUUUUGGACACUUAAUAAAGCUCCAAUGGUUGUAAAUGACCGUUGAUUUGGUAAUUCAA